AUGACCAUGAGACACACGGUGCGGGAAGAUUUCCAUGCUCUUUUUUUGUCGGACGGUAAAAUUUGCUGCGACAAAUUCUUCUUGGCUCCCUUCCCAAGGAUUUGCAGCAGCAGCCGUGGCCAUGCGAGAAGAAAUCUUAGUCUGUGCAAUGUGCGCAUUCUAGAAUUGCUUGCAGCCCUUGUGACAUUCCAAGAUUGUCUUGCCAUCGUCGGUCAAGGUGCAGAUCCUGGUUUCCGAAUACCAUCUAUCACCAACCCCCUUCACAAGCGAAUCCACAUACUUUCCAACAUGUCGAACACAAAGCCCGCUGCUGCUGCUGCGGCCGCUGAAAAGCCCGAGAGCUUCAACGACAGCAUCCUUCCCAAGUACAAGGUGGCCGGAGAGAUCUCUGCCAAGGCGAUCAAGGCCGUCAUCGCUGCCGCUGCCGAGGGAAAGACCGUUCUCGAGCUCUGCAACGUUGGUGACAAGGUUCUCGAGGAGGAGACCUCGGCUGUAUACAAGGGAAAGAGCAUCGCCAAGGGUAUUGCAUUCCCCACCACUCUUUCGUUGAACAACGUGGUCUGCAACUACUCUCCCUUGCCCACGGAUGAGGAGCAGAUCACCCUCAAGAAGGGCGACGUCGUCAAGGUUCAGCUCGGAGCUUACAUCGAUGGCUUGCCCGCCAUCACCGCCGAGACAUUCGUCGUUGGAGCCGACAAGUCGAGCCCGGUCGAGGGUCGUACCGCCGAUGUCAUCAAGGCGGCUCUCGUCGCCGCCGACGUCGCUAUCCGAGUCAUGAAGCCUGGCGUCCUCAACACCGAAGUUAGCAAAGAGAUCGAAGCCGCCAUUAAGCAGUUCGACUGCAAAGCCGUCGAGGGAAUGCAAACCAACCAGUUCAACAAGAACGAGAUCGAUGCCAAGAAGAAGAUCGUCCUCAACGCUGAACCCGGCUCGCGUCCCGACACCAUCAAGCUCGAAGAGGACGAGAUCUACGGCGUCGACAUCUCCGUCACUACCUCCGCCGAAGGCAAGACCCGCUCCGACGACAGCAAGACCACCAUCUACCGCAAAACCAACAACACCUACCUCUUGAAACUCCAAACCUCGCGCAAGGUGCUCUCGGAGAUCCAGAAGAAAGCCGCCAGCUUCCCAUUCAACUUGAAGAGCCUAGAGGAUGUCAGGAGGGCCAGGAUCGGUGUUCAGGAGUGCGCAAAGCACGGUCUCUUGACCCCCUUCCACGUGCUCGAAGACAGCGACAAGAAGGCCAUCACCGCCCAGGUCUUCUUCACCGUUGCCGUCAACGCAAAGGGCGCUAUCAGGAUCACCCCCGCCCCGACUUGGGCCAACGAGGACAACGUCAAGCCAGCUAAGCAGGUCACCGAUGACAAGAUCAAGGCGCUCCUCUCCACCGCUGUCCGUCAGACAAAGAAGAAGAACAAGCCUGCUGCCGCUCCCGCUGCUUCGGCUUAA